GUGGAGAAGAGCAAGAGAGCACAGCAGAGCAAUCGGUCUGAGGAAGAGGCGACACAGAGAUGGAUUGAAGUCCCAUCUUCAAUCAGCAGAGAUGUCCGGGGCGGACAGAAAUGGAACCUUCCCGCGCCUUUCACAGACAUCCGUCUCCGACUCGUCAUCGGACGGCGUCCACGUGUACGUGUGGCUGUUCCUGGGCCUGCUGAUGCUCCUGCUCAGCCUGCUCUUCGUCGCCCUCCACAGGUUGAAAAACAUCAUCUCGUCCUGGUCACCCCGCUCCUCAUCCUGCGGCGAACCCCGCAGCGCCUUCACCAACGUGGAGAUCUGCAGCGUGUCAUCCUCGCGGAGGUCCACUAUCUCCUCACAGGGGGCCUGACGCUCGCACGCGCACGGACAGAUAGACACACGCGGGUGUGCUGCGAGGCUCGUGCAAAGGCUUCUUGGAAAUGGUGUAACUCACACUUUAUAGGGCACUCAUUUAACAUAUAUGCGCUGAAUGAGUGGUUUGUUUUUUCAUUAAAAACAUGUUUUGAGCUACUAUUAUUGUGCUAAAUAAUUUUCAUCAUCAUUUAGAUCAGGGUUUCUACAGGUAUCAGCCAGGGCCGGCCCAGGCCAUUUUGGGGCCCUAAGCAAAAUAAUGCAAAGGGGCCCAUAUUUUUGGCCCACCAUUUCGUCACAGUGUACUGUGAAACCCAUACAUGCAAUCCAACCCAUACGUCCAUAUUUUGUAUAUUAAUCAGAUUUUGUUCCACUGCAUACUUCAAACUUCUCACCCCAAAUUAUUGUCAGUACUUACAGUAGAUAGCGCCAAACCUUUUUCUAAAAGAGGAAAGAAAGAAGAUAAGGAAGAACUUGUAUUUUUUUAAGCUUGUAAUCAAGUAUCAAAAGUCAAAUAAAGCAAACUGCAGCAAACAAAAAAGAAUAUAAAUUAAGCAAUUGCCAGAUUGGGGGCCCCCUAGUGGUCAGGGGCCCUAAGCAGCUGCAUAAUCUGCGUAUAGGCUGGGCCGGCCCUGGUAUCAGCAAAUCUCAUUUAAUGCUUUUUAAUGCCACUUUAUACUCAUUUAAUGCCCAUUCCCCAUUCAGAUAGUUUCACACACACAAAUUGUAGAGUUGUCCGAUAAUGACUUUUUAACCGAUAUCCUGAUACAGUCGUACCUCAACAUAUGAUCGCUUCGACACACAAUCCUUUCGACAUCCGACGUAAAAUUUGACUCGCCAUUUGUUUCUACAUCCGAUGACAUGCUCUAAAUACGACAAUUUAUGACACUGCGCAGUUACUUUGUUUUUCCGCAAGACUGACGCACAGCAGAUUUUCUUGUGAGAGAAAUCAACAUACUGUAGAUGGAUAUGACCCAAAAAUAUGAGCAUAGUGGGCGCAUCCGUGAAC